GCGGUUUUCAUCUGCAGCCAGAGACGCAUUUUUAACGAUCUACCAUCGACGAGGAGACAAUGGCAACCAGAAGCGCUUUCAGAUCUGUGUGUCGCAGGUUCUCUAGUGGAAAGGUUCUUAGCGAAGAGGAGAAAGCUGCUGAGAAUGUUUUCAUCAAGAAAAUGGAGCAAGAGAAGCUUGAGAAGAUAGCUAGACAGGGUCCUGGAGAACAAGCAGCAAGUGGAGCCAAGGCUAGUGGUGGUGGUGGAUCAUCAUCAGCAUCGGCUGAAUCAGGCCCAAAAGUGUCAGAAGACAAGGACAGAAACUACGCUGUUGUGGCAGGUGUGGUCGCUGUUGUUGGUGCAAUUGGUUGGUACAUGAAAUCAGGUGGAAAGAAGCAGCAGCCAGAGGUUCAAGAGUGAAGAAGAUUGAUGGGAGUAGCGAGUGAAUAAAACAGAGAGUGGCUUUUACUCAUUCCUCUCUUAUGAGAAACUUUGGAAUUUGCUACUUGGCUCUUUUCUUUUGGUUUUGGUUUCCAAAUCUUUGACUUUUUUCGGUUUGUUGACAUUUAGUUUUGGAAAUCUUUAACUACAUCUGCUCCACUGAUCAGAAUAAGUGAAAAUUCACAGACUGAAUAACCCAAGAUAGAUGCCGAG